AUGGAAGACGGUAGGAUACUGAAUCAUCAGAUAACAGCCUCAUCGGAUGGAUGGUGGCUGCUGGAAUAUUACAAGGCUAAAGAUGCCCGUUUGAAGGUUCAAUCGCUUUCUUGGGUCAGUAGUUACAUGGAUUCAACUCCUUGGCUUCAAGUCAGCUUUGCGCCAGAAAUCAAACUGAUCAGUGGUAUUGCUACCCAAGGAAACCCAUCGCAUGACUGGUGGACGACAAGUUACACCUUGAAGCACAGCAUGACGGGUAAAACAUGGCGGGAGCAUGAGCGACAAGGAUUUACAGAGGUUUUUCUUGCCAAUUCAGACCGCAACACCAUCGUGAAACAUGCCAUAUCUCCUCUCAUCAAGGCUUCGUUCAUCCGCGUUCUUCCUUUUACGAAAUAUGGACGGUCUGCUCUACGAAUUGAGAUUUAUGGCUGCGAUUCCGUUGAUGAAUAA